UUUCCUGCUUUUAAAUGAGUACCUGUGUUGGACUCACCUCUGUCGUGUGUGUGCGUGCGUGUGUGUGUGUGUGUGUGUUAUCUGCUUGGGUCUCUCUCUCUCUCUCUCUCUCACACACUCCCGUUACUCGCGGUGCGCACGAGCUCCUAUUCGUCUUUACCUGAGCUCACCUGAGCGGACUCACCUGUCCGCCGACGUCCGGACACUUUCCCGUCGUCCCCGUUGUGUUGUGUUGUUUCAUAUCUCGACACUGGAAGGAGGGAAAAGUGCGAGGACACCGAGAAAAGGUGUGUUUGAGUGGAGGACAGGAGAAGGAGAGGAAAGGUGCGCGGGGCAGGAAGGAGGAGAAGAAGAAGGAGAAGAAGGAGGAGGAGGAGAAGGAGACACCGACACUUUCCCGGUGAACGUUGGAGUUUCCAACGUUUCCUCAGCUUUUUUUCCCCAACGUCUUUUUUUGUCCUGCUCCUCCUCUCCUCCUCCUCUCCUCCUCCUCACCGAACCCCGGCUCCGAACCCGCCGGGCGGGCUGCGAGGGAACAUGCCGCGGGCCUUUCUGGUGAAAAAGGCCAGCGUCUCGCCGGGGAAGCGGAACUGGAGCGAGCUGCCCGAUCAUGAGCGAGGGGACGUUUACAUCCCAGUCUCCAUCUACCCUUUGUCCGUCCUGAUGGAGGCUGAGGCCAGCCCGGCUGAAACGACGCCGCUCUGCCUCACCAAACGCUCUGUAUGCGACACACAGACGUACGCCGAGCUGACGUGCGCCGAGCUGCCGUCCAGCACGGUGCUGGGCCGGCCGCGGAGCCCCUCUGCCUUUCUGGGGGAGAGGUCAGACAUCAGGAGGAGGGCGCAGAGCGGCUCCACGUACGUCCGGUCCAAAAUCAAGGUGACCACGGGCGAGUUACCCCCCAGCCCCACCCCUCUACCCCUCUCUCUUCCUCCCAUUCCCACCACGCCCUCACUGACCCCACCUGCCACCGUGAUGCCCGUUGCCCUGACGACCAUCCCUUCCACCCUGGAGGUGGUCUCCAUGGUAACCAGAUCAACAGGUCAAAGUUCGUCCACGGGGAAAACGGGGGUGUUUGUGUGCCAGGUUUGCCAGAAGACCUUCCAGCACCAGCGGAUGUUAAACCGACACGUCAAGUGUCACAACGACACCAAGAGACACAUCUGCACGUUCUGCGGCAAAGGCUUCAACGACACCUUCGACCUCAAGAGACACGUCCGCACGCACACAGGCGUCCGUCCGUACAAGUGCAACCUGUGCGACAAGGCCUUCACCCAGCGCUGCUCCCUGGAGUCGCACAUGAAGAAGAUCCACAGCGUCACCCUCAAGUACGCCUACAAGGAGCGGCGCAACAAGCUGUACGUGUGCGAGGAGUGCGGCCACACGGCGGGGACGCAGGACGAGCUGGGCAUCCACCUCCACUCGCUGCACCCAGACAGCGCCCUGCUGAAGGGGAAGGCUGCCAGGAGAGCGGGAGGAAAAGAGGAAGGGUCGGUCGGAGGGUCGACGCCAGGUUCUCCCCAAGGAGCCGAUAGCGAUGAUACCACGGGAUCAGCGGAGCCGUAGAGCGGACGAGAGGCUGGUUGGCACAAUAAGCUCAGGGGGAUGAAGGAUGGAUGAUGGACAAGAAGGUGGACGACAAGUCAAAGUAUACCUCUACAGUUCUAAAUGUAUAUAUUAUGUGUGUGUGUAUAUUUAUGAAUGUGUGUGUGUAUGGAUUGUGGGGAUCUGUAUGUGACUCAUGUUAAACGGGGCCAAGUUGGACUUUGACUCACUGUUCAUGUUUUUACAGUUCAUGGGAUUUUGUUGUGGAAAAGAGUAUUUACACAUCUGACACUAUAUUUUUCUGCCUUUAUAUCGCAUGUGCAUAUUUCCUGUUGGCUCUUCUGUACAGCAUGAAAUGUGAGUUUUUCUACUCAAAAACCUGAAAGCAUUAUAUUAAAGGGAGUAAUAUAUGAAUCUGA